GGCAGUGCGUGCCAGCAGGGCUGGUGACCGGCCGCAGACGCCUGAGAUCUGAGCCUGCAGUGACCCGGCGUGAGCUGAUCUUCUACCACUGUCUGCGGCUAGGCCUGGACGCAGCGUACCUUUCUUCCAGCUCGUCCAGAGGCCUAUCGGCCCACAGUUUCUCCGCCCGCGAUGGCGGACGCUGAAGAGCCAGCGGCUGCUGCAGCCCCUGCCAGUGCUCCUGCCGUGGGCGAGCCGUCAGAGACAGUAGCAGUGGAUGAAGUGGAACCAGCUCCAGCUCAGGACGCUGUGGUCGAAGUGGUGGCUCAAGAAAUGGCCGAAGUGGUAGUCGAGGAGAAUGCGACACCGAUAGAGACCGAGCCGGAGCAGCAGGGUGAGACUACUGACAUUCUGGAGCCAGUGGAAGAGCUGCCGCUGGAUGACGAGAUGGUGGAAAUGCUGCCUACCGUCAUUGAAGAUCCCGAGAAUGAGGCAAAGGAGCAGAAGGAGCUCCUGGAAGAGCUGGUUGAGGAAACGGAGGAGAGUGGGGAUCAGCCUCAGACAGACGUUGAUGACAAACAUGAAUCCACGCAGGGUGAAGUUCCUGAAACUGAUCCGGCGGACAUUGCUGCACAAUCGACGAGCGAGGUGACAGGAGUAGGACGUGAAGAAGAAGGGAAAACAGACCAGCAUGAUGCAUCGUCUGUCGUGAUGACCGACACUACUCCCAUUCCCGCCGAAACUCAUGAUGUUGAAGUGGAAGAAAGCGCAGAUGUUGAAAAAGUCACAGUCUCUGAGACUUCCGAAGCGCCAGCGGAAGCUACAGAAGUUACCAAAGCAGACGAAGACAAACCUGACACUAUUCAGAUGACGGAAGACGAAGUCGCUAGCGCUGAACAAGCGGCGGAGGAUGCUCGACAAUCGCGAAUGGAGCCUCUAGAGGAGACUGAGCCACAGGCAGUAGAGGUCUCAGAGCCCACUGAUGUUGCACAUGAUCCUGCGACAGAGAAUGAAGCUCAAGAAGGUGAAUUAAAGCCAGUGGAAAAGGCUGAUGAGACGACGGACGAAAAGAAGGAAAAGAAGAAGCGAAAGAGGUCAAAGGAAGAAAGGAAAAAGAAGAAGUCUGUCGAGGAAAAAGAUGUCGUGCCCGAACAGAAGUCAUCUAAACCCGCUCUAUUGCACGUCCGAGGAGGCUUCUCGUGCGGCUGGGUAGGACCGAUGCUUCAGCUGCUGGGCACCAUGAAGAAACUCGACGAGUUCAAAGUGAACUUCAACCGCCAGUACGAGAAUGUGCCUCCAGACGAGCCAGGCGCCGCCACAAUCAAGAAGAUUAUCAGCGCCAAAAAGGCGCAAGAAGCUGAGCCAGCGGAGGUGCCCAAUAUUCCCGAGGCGGCCAUCCGCGCCCCGCCCGGGGAGGGGUGUCCCCGCUGUGGGGGAGCUGUCUUCGAGGCCGAGCGGAUGAAGUCGAGAUUCAGGAGCUAUCACAAGCCCUGCUUCAACUGUAAGGCGUGCCACAGGAUUUUGGACUCGACCCUUGCCUGUGACGGACCCGACAAGGACGUUUAUUGCAAGCUGUGCUACGCGAAGAAAUACGGACCAAAGGGCUACGGGUUUGGUGGCGGAAAGGCAUUCCUUCAGUCGGACAUUAUUGCGGCCGAGUCACCGCAGAGUAAGCCCGAGUGGGUGAAGCUGGACCGAACCACCAUCCGCCCGACCGAGGGCUCUGGCUGUCCGCGCUGCGGAGGAGCCGUCUUCGCUGCCGAACUCAUGAUGUCAAAGGGUCAGGAGUGGCACACUUCGUGCUUCAGCUGCCGCGACUGCAAACGGCCGCUGGACUCGACGAUCGCCUGCGACGGUCCCGACUCCGAGAUCUACUGCAAGCUCGACUACGCCAAGCGGUUCGGACCCAAGGGGUUCGGCUUCGGGCACACCCUGGUGUCGUUUAUGCACGGAGAUGAACAGGAGAACGCCGAAGAGAACGUCCAGCCAGCGGGCCACACGAACAUGGGGCCCAAGGCUGCCCCAGGCGAGGGCUGUCCGCGGUGCGAGUUCGCUGUCUACGCUGCCGAAAGGAUGCUCCAUAAUGGCAAGGCCUACCAUCGACACUGCUUCAGCUGCGUCCAGUGCAGCCGCGGGCUGGACUCGACCAACACGUGCAGCGGGCCGGACCACGAGCUGCUCUGUCGCACGUGCUAUGGCAAAAUGUACGGCCCGCACGGCGUGGGCUUCGGCCAGGGGGCCGGCGUGCUCAGCAUGGGCUAAACUGGCGGAGGAAAGGAGCUGGGAUGGACAGCUAGCACAUGGAUGGGAUGAGGCGACAGAGAAAACAACCGGAACGGACAUGGAUGUGCUGAAUUGGCAGAGAGGAAACUGUAGUUGACGGUACACGACGUUGUCGAUGUCAUGGUGUAACAAGCAUUAUCGCAAUAUUGAGUAAGAUGGAAAUUAGUAUUAAGCUGGCGUUGCAUGCUUCAGUUUCAUUGCAAUUGCAUGACAAUGCGAUGCUAUCAUUUAGAGACAGCGAAUUUUGUGGUAAAUGACAUCAAUGUUGAAAUGAGAUGACAUCAAACGAAGCUAAUGCUUCACCCUGCUAUAGACAAUGCAUGACAAUGCACACCUUGUAGCUAAGAAUGCUGAAUUUGUCGGAGAUCGCGGUGUCCAGGCGAUACCUCGGGACACACAGGAUCAAGCUGUUGCCUUUUUUUUGCGUUGGUGACUGGAAAUAUGGCCACGAGGUUUUAUCUUCCUGUUGAUAAGUAUGGCAAUAAAUGAUGGUCUGAAAACAUCAA